AUGGUGACUGGAGGAAGAAAUAGAGGGCGUGUUGGAGUGAUAAAGAACCGUGAAAAACACAAGGGAAGCUUUGAAACAAUCCAUAUUCAAGACUCAACAGGACAUGAGUUUGCUACGAGAUUGGGAAAUGUGUUCACAAUAGGGAAAGGAACAAAACCAUGUGAUGCAGCCUCACAAACGGAGAUUACGUGGAGGAUGGAUGGCUCGAACCGGCCGUACGGCACCUGUUNCGAGUCGGGUAGCGAUGAACGAUGGAAGCGAAGNGAUGAACGGAUCCGAGUNCUGGCCGUACGGCGCUUUCACUACGGACAAAGAGAUGAACAAGCGGAAGUGAAGANGGAUCGAAGGUCACCACGAGCCGGAUGGAAACAACUCGAUACUGACGGCCGAACAAAUAGAAAUCUCGGAUUUCGAAAGUUGCUCAAGAAAAUUCUUAAGAGAAUGCUUUUUGCUUUAUUGAUCAAGGGUGUAAAAUUUACAAGGCUGUUAGGGGACUUAUAUAGUGGUCCGAUCAGCUAUGCCCUUCUAGGGGUCUUGNCAUUUAUUACAAAAGAUCGACAUCUANNUAAUUAA